GCUUGCUUAUUAGUGUAGACAGGACAAGACAUAUAGUAGUAUUUAAUUUAUACAAUGAUUAAAUUGGACAAUCUAGCUAGCCUUGGAAUAUUUUUGGGGAACAAACCGGGGCACAGCCAGCCAGGGCAGGGCCAGCAGUAUAUAGAUAGGUGCAGGUGAUAUGAGAAGGACAAAGUAAAUUAAAAAAGGCAGAGCAGAUUGAGAAUGGGGCAUCACUGCUGUAGCAAACAGAAAGUAAAGAGAGGUCUUUGGUCUCCAGAAGAAGAUGAAAAACUCAUCAGACACAUCACCACGCAUGGCCAUUCGUGCUGGAGUUCUGUCCCUAAAUUAGCUGGACUAGAGAGGUGUGGAAAAAGCUGCAGGCUUCGGUGGAUAAAUUACUUAAGGCCAGAUCUGAAAAGGGGUUGUUUUAGUGAACAAGAAGAAAGGACCAUAAUUGAUGUACACAGAAUCUUGGGAAACAGAUGGGCACAAAUAGCUAAACAUUUACCUGGUAGGACUGAUAAUGAAGUGAAGAAUUUCUGGAAUUCUUACAUUAAAAAAAAGCUUAUCUCUCAAGGCUUCGAUCCAAACACCCACAAUCUACUUUCUACUAGUCAUCAAAACAACAAGAAAAAAGACAACAAUAAUUAUACCACAUCAUCAGUUUUCACUAUUGAAACUAGUUUAUCGUCAUUAUCGACGAAAGAAUUAGUAUCAAUGGACAUGAUCAAAGCAAGUCUUGCAGCCUUGUCACCUUUUCCUUACACUAAUAUGUCCCACCCUCAAACAAGUUUGAGUCGGCUAUAUGGAUCUGUUUCCAAUUUUAAGAAUCGUGUUCCCACCAUGACAAAUAUUGGAAACUCAAACCUUGCCAGUACCAAUAUUGAUUACCAAAAGCAGAGUACUUCAACGGAGACAUUUGGAAUUAUUAAUGAGAAUUGUAUGUGGGCUGUUACUGGAUUUGAAUCUCCAUGUCAUGUAUUUGGGAAUGGACAUGAAGAAAUGCAGCAAGAGGCACAAGUUCAACUCCAGGAAAAAAAUUGUCUUGAGGACGUACUCUACAAGGUUAAUGAUCUUCAUGAGUUCAACAACAAAGGACGAAUCACGGAGAAUGUAACUUAUGAUGACGGCUCUGACUUUGAUUUUGAAUUUGUGAAUUCUGAAUUGGUGUCGUGUGGAAUUUUCACUAACCUAAAUUCUAUUGAUCAACUUGCAUGGGAUUGUUAAUUGGAGUAGUUGUUAACUUAUUUUUUAAGAUUUCAAUAUAAAAAUGCUGCAUGUUAUUUAUUUAA